GAGAGGAGGAGGGAAAAGAAAAAAAAAAGAAACUUUGUUCAGCUCUCGUGGUAGUGCCUGGAACUAGGCCAUCAUGCAGAGUCAAUCCUCCAGUACUACAGCAAUCAUGGUUUAUCCACCUCGACCUGGUUCACAAAGUCCAACUUUAACUGAACCAGACAUGAUCCUCCCACUACAUAAUGAAACGAAUUACGACUCAGAACCUUCAUUGCGGCAUACAUCAUUUCAAUUUACUUCUUCGUCCGGGGAUUCAUGGCAACGAUCAAAUAAUUCAGAAUAUCUAGGUGGCCCGCCGCCUAGGACGCCCACCACGCCAAUUAUCUAUGGGAAUGGAACAAUGUUAUCAGAUAUAGGCGAGGUCACAGAGGUGGAAAGUACGCCAGGAAAGAAGUUACCCGGUCCUGCUGAACGGAGGUUCAUCAAGCAGCAGCAGCUUCAAAAUGGUCAUCGCAUAAGUUCAACAUCAUUGGGACAUGAUUUGAGGAGGUCGGGAACCAAGACCGGAACGCACGAGAGGAAAAUAUCUGUGGAAUCUGCUAGUACCGUCACGUCAGAACCACAAUCGGCCAUGUUUGGAGAUAUCGAUGAUACAGUCAGUGUAGAUGAUAGUAAUUUCCAGGGCGAUGAUGAGGAGAGUGUGGCAGAAUCAUAUACGGAUCCUUAUCGCAAGGAACUUGUGGAACAGGAGACACGCAGAUUGUCGCGCAGGGAAGGGAAUUUUGGAGAGGGGGAAGAUGAUCAGAAUUCGAGUGCCGCUUUGAGUAGGAGAGCGGAACAAAUUCUAUUGAAUGCCAAACGUCGACUCAACAAUAUGGAAGGAAAUUUAACCCGAGCGCGAAGCUCUCUUAUUGUAACGCCAUCGAUUUCCAUGCCAUCGAUUUACAGUAGUAGUCCUUUAACCAAUCCGUCUCUCCUAAAAGUCGAUCGGCGCAUCAGCGGUAUUCCUUCGAGACAACGGUCAUUUUCCAAUUUUCACACAGAUUCAACUGCUUCGAGUCCUGGUCAUUCGAGGGUCUGGAGCGAAAAUAACAUAUCUCCUUCGCGAGCCACAGCAUUUCCUGUUCGCGCCUCGAGCGCGGCAGCUACAUACAGGGCUAGAAGUUCUAUGGGAUCGCAUACACCAAAACCAGCAUCGCCACUUUCUCCAGGAAUGAUCAAGGAGGAGAGCAAUGAAAAUGUAAGGCCAAGAGGAUCCGGGCAAUCUUCACCACAUAGCAGGAUUUCUCCAUCACAACCAUCGCAUCUUGAACCCCUGGUCGAGGAUGGCGUUCCUGAAUUUGACGGCAGGACUAAUGGCAGAAUUGAUACUGACAGAGAAUAUCCAACUACCCGAGAAGGACUUUUAAGUCGCUCUUCGUCAACUUCAAGCAUAAGAAUGCAGGAUAUACAACAUCAAAUGAGUGAUUUGAAAGGAAGAUUGUCCGCUUUGCGAGAUCGUGCUAGAGAUGAUAAUAUGAAGCGUCGCAGUCUCCAAAGUUUACGUACUCCUAGUCCAUUUACGGCAGGAGAACAGUGGUAUAGUGGAGGUGUUAAUGGUCAAGAUGCCGUUCCCAAGACAGCUUCGGUAGUAGAUCAUGUUCAGUCGAAUGGGAUCCAGAAUGGCGACCCUACGAAGAAUGGAUACACUGCACAACCGACCCAAGUAUCUGCAAGACAAGCUCCAACCUAUGCCGAAUCGGAUUCUACAAGUAUAUAUGAAGAUUUUGAUGAGGGCCAGGUAAAGCCACCUGGGUUCCCUACCCAUCAGAAUCAAACACAAGUAGUUGAGGAGGAGGGCUAUGAUACUUGCUCAGAGGUGUCUGAAGUUUCAAGCAAUGAAAGUUACAGUGACGGCCGUUCAGAAUUUGACGAAUUUGACAACGAGGACAACAGUGAUGCAUCAAUUUAUCACGAAUCGGUAACCGAACAGGUAUCACAUGAAGAUCGUGAAGAUGCGUUCGAUUAUGAACAUUUCUUCCUGUACAGCGCAAUGGGUACGAUGAGUCGAGAAAGACGAGGAAGCAUUAGCUCAGAGGAUUCUGUGGAAACAACUCGAGGACCUUCAGUUCCAAUGCCACUGGUAGAGAAUGGCCAUGACCCCAAUCAACGAUCUUCCAUGAUACAUCUUAGAUCUGACAGUAAUGCUUCGAUUUCUACUCUAGCCACUUUUGCAACUGCCAAGUCAAACGUGGAGGAUGAUGAAUAUAAUGAAGAUGAAGAUCCUUUCGAUUUAACUAUUCCUAUUACCGAUACUCGUAAAAUUGACGCCCCGGACUCACCCACAAUCUCUCCUUAUAAGCCAACUACGACCACUUCUAUUGCAACCAAACGGUCUACAUUUGGAUCUUUACCCCCCAGGAAUACCGUUAUCAAUGACUACAACGAUAUUGGAAUAGCUCGAGGCUCCGGAUUAUACGAUAUUGAUGUGAUACCUGGCGUCCACUCCAGGAAUCUUUCCCUAGACUCAGCGACCUCUGCCAGUACAACACGUAGCGUCCCUCUCUCCGUCAAACACAGAGAACAGCCCAAUGCUUUUACUCCGCCUGGCACUGCCUCCAGCGCCAAUUCCCACCCAAUCCGUUCUGAUUCCCUUGAGAAUAACCGCAGUCGUACACGGACCUCACCAGUACAGAUGCUCUCCAAAGAUGACCAACUCCUCGUCGAGCGGUUAGUCGCUAGCUUGGGAAAAUGCGUUUUAGAAUUGCAGGACACAGAAGCGGGGAAUUACGAUUCGAGAAUUUGGAGACGGAGGUUGGAUGCUGCAAGGAGGGUUUUGGAUGGUGAAGAGGGGGCUAUUUAAUAGCCUGCGCUCUCAUUCAUUCUCUUUCCUUCCUUUUGAUAUCGUUUCGAGUCAAGGUUCCUUUGCCUUUUCGCCGUGUCGCCAUGCAAAAAGUCACAACUUCAUUUCAUUUGUUAAUAUUUUCUCUUAAUGCUUUGGAGACAACGGGAUGCCAUCAAUCAAUCUGGUGCUGGGGAAUGGGUCGAGCAAUAACGGCAAUGGGAACAACAGAAAAAUGGGAUACUCUCAAAUUUAAGACGGCACGGCAAUAAUUUCAAGGAGGGAGGGGAAUCAUAUUUACAAGGUCAAGCAGGGUGUUUGUUGGUUGGUGGGCACUACUUACUCAGUCGGGUAUUCAUUACCUCCCACAACACAACGUAAUAUAUCUUACAUAAUCUUUUUUCUUAUAAUUUUUUGGGGGCAAGGGGAAGGGUAGUUCGUUGGAGAUUUGGAGAGGCUUCUUCUUCUUCUUUGAUACCCCUGUUUUACUUAUUUAGUUAUAUCUCAUCUUCUGUUUACGCUGACAAAGGGAAGGGAGGUGCGAGGAGACGAGACGGAAGAGCG